GAGCUGGGUGGGCGGCCUUGCGGCGGGGACACCCGGGGGCGUCAAGGCCCGACCAGCCCCGGCCGGGGCUCCCCCGCAGCAGCCGCUGCCCCGCGCAGGCCUCGGGGCCGGCACCGGCUCGGGCAGGCCUGGACAAACAGAAGGGAUUACAGGGAAGUGCCAUACCGCCGGCCAUUCCAGGGGGCUGUUGGGAUUAUUUUCGCCCUCCCGUUUCCCCGCCCGCAGCGCGGUGCCGAGCGGCGCCGCGCCGGGGCGGAAGUGUCGGGGCCGAGGCCGGCGGUGAGGAGGGUGCUGAAGAUGGCAGGCAGCUCCACUCCUUGGAUUGGCAGUGCUUAUCUCUUCCUUCAAUCGACCUGCAAGACCAUUGCUCUGCCGUCCCUCUACGAGAGCUCCCAGAAGAAGCCUUGUGUGUUCAAGGCCCUGAAGCUGGCAUUAGCAGACUCCACCGGCAGUGUGAAUGGUGUGGACAUGCUCAAGGUGCACUGCAGCCACCCACACCUCAUAGUCCAGCUCAAGUUCUGCAAGCGGGAGAACUGCCGCCGCUUCCUGCGGAGUUACCGGGAAGGAGCGCUCCAGAACUCCCUCCAGAGUCACCUCCAGCUCUCCUUGGCCACAGCCACGGUGCCUCUCAAAGUGGAGCUGAAGGCUGGCAGUGAGCACCUUGACAAGAUGCUGAAGGAUGAGGAUCGUUGCCUGGAGUGCAUCUACAGAGAAAAGCCUGACCGUCUGCCAGAUGAGGAGAUCACAGAGCUGGAGGAAUGCCUCAAGAGCUUGAUGCUUCACCAGAGCACCAACAACAAUGUGGCUGGAAAAGACUGCUCAUCUCUGAAGUCCCAAUGUCAGCCUUAUCCUCCUCAAGGCAGCUCCCUUCCCACACAACUCACCUUCAUCUUUCAGGGACAACAGUUUGACAACAGAACAAUCACUCCAGAUGACCACCAGAAGUUUGCCAAGUCCGUGUCCAAGAAGUGGAAGCAAGUGGGUCGCUCUCUGCAGAAAUCCUGCCGGGCCCUGCGUGACCCUGCCAUUGACAACCUGGCACUGGAGUAUGACAGAGAGGGACUCUAUGAACAAGCCUAUCAGAUGCUCCUCAGGUUCAUCCAGUCCGAGGGCAAGAAGGCUACAAUAGCGCGGCUGAUCGCAGCCCUGGAGGAAAAUGGUCUCGUCAGCUUGGCUGAGGAGCUCUUGGGCCUCCAUUCCAGUGAGGACUGCUCCUAGAGCCCAGAGGACAGUGCCAUUGCUAAGGGCUUUCCUGCUUUAGCUACUGUAUGAAACUGCUGCCAGUGUCUGGGAAUGCAAAGUCCUGAAUAUCACCACAGGUUUCCAUCUAGGUGGAAAUGCUCAGGGGAGAGGUUCUGUGUUUGGACCUCUGACUUUCCUUAUUUCAUCAUUUCCAGAAAUAGAGCACUACCUUCCUGUGAACUGGUGAGAGGCUUUCACCCUGACUUCCUGCAGGACUGAGGGAAGGGAACUUCCUUCAGGACUGUGACAGGGAAGCAGCCAGCCAGAGAGCCUUAGGGGAGAAUGAGGGAGAGGAAAAAGCAAGCAAGGUUUCUCAUAGAAUUUCUCUGGGAAGCAGACAAUACCACUGCUUCCCAGGCUGUGUCCAGGGCCAUCACCUGGAGAGCUGCAAUGUAUUUUUGUAUUGGAAAUAUUUUUGCCUUCAGCCAUGACAUCAAGUAAAUACAAAGAGGAAAGUAAGGAAAAGUCAAUUUUACGUUAUUUUUCUUCUUUGUUUGAAGAAUGAAGAACAUCCAUGGCAAGAGUAUCUGUUCUACCCUGAUCUAUUAUAGCUCCUUCCUACCUCUGAAAGCUUUCCUUCUACCUGGGACAGCCAUAAUCUUCCACAGGGCAAAAGAGUGCUGCUGUACAACAUGCCAGGCACUGAACAAACAAUAUGGACAAACUCAAAUUCAGACAAUAAUUGUCAACAUUUUCUCACCUGUGGUAGACAGUAAUGCGUUGAUUAGCUCUUGGCUGCCAGCCUGAGGGAGCCUGCAGCUGUGGAAAGCAAAACAGUGCUGGAAGGAAAAGAGUCUCCUCAGCAGCAAGUUACCUGUGCAUGGAUCGGAACUGCUGCCCUCAGGUGCACGCAGCAUCAAAUGCUGUCCUCAGACCACAGAGCUGAGCAAUCAGCAGAUCCAGCUGGCUGCUUGUGCCUUCACUCACUUCCUAACCAGCCACCCUGCUGGGCCCAGGAUGGGACAGCUCACCCUGCUGUGUCCCACAGGCGUCAGGAUCUAGAGAGAGCCUUUCCCUGGCACUCCUGGCACUGUGUGACAAUCAAGCAUCAUCUGCCACCGUGCCUGGAUUUACCUGCACUGAUUUUUAGGGUAAAAAUGGUUUAAGAGACAAAUCUCCCAAACCCCAGGGCUGACCCCUGCCUUCAGUUCCCGUGGGAGAAGCUGACUGUCUCCUGGUAUGGCUGAUGCAGACUGCAACAGAGCAGCUGCACUUCUGCCGUAACAAAGCACAGAGCAACGAGUGUCUGGCACGGCACGGGUCCCAUGAAGCACAACAGCAACUCAAUUACCUUUGAUAUAUUCCCAGUGCUUUCCUGAUAGGUUUUUACUAAUGCUUUUCCAUUAAUUCUAUCCUUUUUUGCCCUUCCCAUCUGUGGGAAUAGCCAGUGGGCUGUGGAAAUGUUUUCAGAAGCAGAGGGGGACUCUGGCCACACACACGAAGUCUGUGUGCACAUGAGAAUAUAGGGCUGCUAGAGGCCAUGAUAGGAGCAACUUGGAGUCAGUGCCUGAUGGCCUUUUAAACCACAACUCGCAUCUUACUCCUUCCCUGGAGUCAAAACUGUAAGGAGGAACAUAACCUCAGAUUCGGGUGUGGGCUCACCUUUUAUUAAGCCAUUUUUUUAUCAAUGCCAUUGCAGUUUCACCUCCUCCAUUCCUGUUCCACAUCCUACCCUCUCCCUUCCAGUAGUACCAGUGCUCUUCCCAAACUGAAGCAAUUACCUCUCUGACACUUUUGCUUUUGGGACCAACACAUAGGUGCUGAUCUUAGCUAAUUUAGGCUGCUGUGGAACUAUACCUCAAAGCAUUUAACUUUCCUGCCAAAUCCCAACUGGGGAACUCUGGCAGAAACCCACCUGACAAAUUGUAUUUUAAAAACUUUAAAAAUCUAAAACUUGAAAAUUACUUUAAGAGCAAGAGAGUUUGCUCUUGAUUUUGCAGAAAUUACUUUUUUAAGAAAACAAAGUCAUAUGCAUAACCUGUUGUCUCAUUUGCAAUUAAUAUUUCUAAGCUCUCAGACCAGCUCUUCAUGUGCACAACUUGCACAUAUAGUUACAAGGCACCACUGAGUAGUGAGAAUUACUAGUUUUUGUAGCAGCUGUUAAUGCUCAAAAUGAGAAAGGCUUAUUAUUCAGUAUCUACUUCAAGUCCAGAAAACUUUUUUUGUUGCUGUUACUCUUUUACAGAAGAUUAACCAUGAAUGCUUUCUUCUGAAUGCAAGCGUUGUGCAUUUUCUUCCUGCCAGUAACUGGUACGUGUAUUUCCUCUUACUCACAUAUUCCCUGUCAGAAGUGCCAUUAAGUGCUGGAACCCCUGGCAACCUUUCUGGAAUAUCAUAAUCUCUAACAGCAUUCACAGGUGCCUUCAUUGCAGAGACUUGAAGGAAAAGGGUUUUUCAGUGGUGUUCCAUGGUGAAAUGGUCUCACCAUGGCAUGGUUUAGGACAUAGCAGUGGCUGUUUCAUAUCUCCUUUCCCAUGACCAAUCAUCAUCAUGGUGGGAGAUAAGCCAUGGGCAGUGCUGCUGCUGGAGAAAUUUGCCUUAUCCCAGUAACUGCUCUCCUCCAUAUACUGAGAUAUAUCUGUGAAAAGGAAAAAUUCAGGGGUGAUGGUAGUGUUUCAGAACCAAGUAUAAUAUUAAAAGCAAAUAAAGGUGCUAAUCAGUUGCAUAUAAAAUCUAAAACAAAAAAAAAAAAAAAACCAAAAACAUAAAAUAAGCAGCAGAAAUCAGGCCAAAAUGUGCUUGCAGGAAGAGAUCCAAGAAGGUUUUUUUUUCUGGUUGUUUUCAUAGUUUUAACCAUGUUUCAGAUUUGAAUGAGUCUCCAUUCAGUCUGCCUGAAGGAAUAAAAGAUCCAUCUAAAGGAGAAUUUGAAUGAUUUGUUUUGGCAUAGCUGACCUACAGGGUUCAAACAUGAUAACAAAGAGGAGAUUGAAGUUAAAAUGCUCACAGAUAUACUGUGACAUGAGGCAUCUAUAGAAGCAAACCUGACAGGAUACCCCAAUACAGAAUUGUCUCAAAGGAAAAGAUCUGUUGUUUUGCCAUACUUCAAAGGCAGGUUCAGCAUUGAGGAGCUGUCCUGCUGUCUGGGUCACUGUCUCCCCUCUGCUAUUCCCAAAGGAACCAUACCCCAGCAGCUGCCAACAGACUCUGAAACCAGAAGUGAGCAUGGGCAGAAUGAGGAGCCUCGAAUUCACUUAAAUUGCUGAUUUAUUUAACUGAAAAUUCUGGUGAAUCUGUGGUAUUUUAUCUGGCAUCCUUAAACCAAGGAGGUACAAGAAGAGGAAUCAAGAGGGUUUCUUGUGUCUAAGCCACAUAUUGGAGUGUGUACAUGACACUGGUGCUUUACACUGGACAGGAGUCUGGCCAUAUGUCUUUUGUAUGGAGAUGAACUCAAACAGUGAAGCAAUUUAAGACCUAGAGUAAAAAAAAGUAUUUUUUUCUUCUCUGGAUUGAAUUUUAAACCCACUGAAGGGAGCUGGCUGUACAUCUCUAAUAGAAGCUAAUUGAGAUGUGUGGUUAAUGUCUCUUAGUUUUCAGUGGAAAAAUCCCUUGUUGACCUAAUUCCAAAUUCCCAUGAUAUUCAGCAUCAGAUCUGGAUCAGCCAUGUACAGCUAUGGACUGCAAUGCCAGGCAUACUUGGGUCUAGGACAUUCAGCCUCCAAGGAAUUGUCUUUUAUAGAAAAAGCUCUUUGGUAUAUAUAUUUUCUCUCAUUAUUUUUUUAUAAAUAAAUAUAUA